CCAAGCCGUCCAACCUCGUGUGAGUGAGAUGCCGGCCUUCCCGAUCAGUCUGGCCGAAACUUGCCAUUGGUAAAUUUCCGAACCUGCACGCUUUGGGAGGAUGUCGCAUCCGUGCGUUCAGGCACGAGCGGCCGUAUUUGACAUGCGCCUCAGCGCUGGUGCUCUUGUAGUGCGGGCCUAAGGCUCGCGGACAGCGUCAGUCCAUGUGGAGAUGUACGAGCGCCGUAGGGCGGGCGGUGUUUAUUGGGUGCGUGGGACAUGGGUCAAUACGAGAGGGGCUGUUGUUAAAGAGCUGAGCUGCUGCUACUAUGCGCUUCUCUGCCUUCGCCCUCCUCUCGCUGGUCUCGGUUGCCUUUGCUGGUAACUGCGGACCUCAAAAUGGAAACGCCAAGUGCGCUGCCAACGAGUGCUGCUCCCAGUACGGCUGGUGCGGAACCACCGCCGCCCACUGCGACGCAAAGAACUGCAUGCACCCCUUCUCCGGCGCCUCCUCAUCUUGCAAGCCCACCGCAACCACGAUGAAGACCUCCGCAACCAAGCAAGCCACCUCACCCGCAACCACCUUCCCCACCGCUGUCCCCGAGAUCGACGUCUGCGGCCACGCCCAAGGCGGCGUCACCUGCCCCGGCGCCGGAGCCAACGGCUACUUCUACCGCUGCUGCUCGUCCGCCGGUCACUGCGGCCCCAAGAACGAUAUCCAGGACCAGAACCUCUACUGUGGCGACGGCUGCCAGGCUGGCUUCGGAAAGUGUGACAACCAGAAGGCGCCUGCUGAGCCUACUGCCCCUAAGGGUACUUCUGGUGCUGGCGAGACUUGCGGUCCUAUUGUCAACAAGAAGUGUGGUAACGGACUUUGCUGCUCUGGAUCUAACUUCUGCGGCACGGGUGAGGACUUCUGCGGAAAGGCCAACUGGUGCCAGAGCAAGUGGGGAAAGUGCAACUAAGAUGUUGGAUAUCAACAUGGGGUUGGAGUACAGAGGUCGGGGGUAGAAUAGAGUAACGAAUAUAAGAGUCUUUGGGACAAUGAAAAGACAUGAGAACUACACAUCAUUUUUGUCCGAGUGGACGACAUU